CACAACUGCCCGUAUAAUAUUAGCUUCAUCAUAACAAUUAUCUAGAUAAUGAGGCAGCUGGGCUCGCGACAGGUUCGCCACUAUGCGGAAAUGACCAAAGGGCGCACAACUCCCAGCUCAAGCAUCAUUGGUAUACCGCGCUCACAUUUGGCACCUACGGAAAUGGUUCGGGCCUCUGGGGCUGACCUCCUCUGGCACCGCGGACAUCCGCGACUACAGGCCUUGCAGGGUGGUCAAGGCAACACCGGCAGCCGCGAGCAGCUGACACGGAGGACAAUCCUCCUGCACUCUUCUGCUCUACCCGCGUUCCUUCUGAGCCUGACAAUUGGGUCAGAUGACCCCACAACGCUUCUUAACAGCGUUCUAGCGGGCUACGGACUGCCCAAGCUGCCUGGAUCUACUGGAUUCAAAGUAUUGGAUGACUUCGAGUUGGACUUCACGCUGGAGUACCCGCGGUCUUGGGUGGUACGACCCAAUACCCUGAGGCAGGGGGUGUACAUAUCAGACUUCAACACCGCUGACAAGCUGACUGUGGAGGUGCUGCCGCUGGCUGCCACCGGCAGCAGCGGUGACCUGGUCGCGGCGGCAGUGGCCGCGGCGGUGGUGCCCGGAGCCGGGUUGGGUCAGCAGGAUGACAAGCUGCUGCUUCCGCCGGCCAGUCGAGUCAAGAGCCGUACAGAGCUGGUGGAUGGAAAGGAGUACACGUACUUGGAGUUCCCCUCGGAGACGGUCACCCGCAGUGGCUACCAGGUCCGGAGGAGGAACUUCGCCGCGGCGGUGGUAAAGGGGGGGAGGCUCUACACGCUUAACGCUAGCGCCCGCUCCGACCAGUUCAACAAGGAGAAGGAGGCCCUUCUGCGGCAUGUGGUGGAGUCUUUCAGAGUGAGAUAA